AUGUUGUUGACCACGUCGGAGAGAAAAACUUCGACGGCAUUCGUUACUUGGUCAAGUUUAUGGGUGGUGUUGUCGUCAUUACUCGUGCAAAAUGUACACGCUGCCACUUCCGACGAUUGGAGAAGCCAAUCCAUAUAUCAACUCAUCACGGAUCGAUUCGCCAGAACUGAUGGAUCGACUACCUAUGCGUGUAAUAAUACAGAGCAAUUGUAUUGUGGAGGAACCUUUCAAGGAAUUAUCAACCAGCUAGAUUAUAUCCAAGAUAUGGGAUUUACGGCUAUUUGGAUCUCACCAGUGGUACAGAACAUCAACGAAACAACAAAAUACGGCCAAGGCUAUCAUGGAUUCUGGAGUCAAGAUAUCACCAAGAUCAAUGAACACUUUGGAACUGCAGAUGAUCUCAAACUCUUGUCAUCGACCUUACACGAUCGUGGCAUGUACUUGAUGAUUGAUGUAGUUAUCAACGACAUGGCCUACGCAGGGAAAGGAAGCGCGGUCGAUUACUCCUCACUGGUUCCAUUCGACAAAGAAGAAUAUUUCCAUCCUUUCUGUUACAUCAGCGAUUAUACGAAACCAACCAAUUUCCAAAAUUGUUGGCUCGGAGACGAUAUAGUUUCACUGCCAGAUCUCGAUACUGAAUCGGACUUUGUGAAGCAAACAUGGGGAACCUGGGUAACUGAGAUGGUCGCCAAUUACUCUCUUGAUGGCCUUCGUAUCGAUGCCGCCAAACAUGUCGACAAACCUUUCUGGCCUGGCUUCCAAGAGGCCGCUAACACAUUCACAAUUGGUGAAGUCUUCGAUGAGUUGCCCGCCAAUGCGUGCGAAUGGGCUGUCGAUGCUCUCUCGUCUGUUCUCAAUUAUCCUGCCUGGUAUUAUAUUACAUCCAUCCUUUCAAACUCCACGAAUGGUAUGGGAAGCUUAGACUAUCAAUUCGAUCAAACUCAACAAAACUGUUAUGAUACUACACUUCUCGGUACAUUUAGCGAAAAUCACGACGUUGCUCGUUUUGGAUCCUAUACGAGUGACGAAGCUCAGAGAAAAAAUGCUCUCACGUUCGAUUUCUUCACUGAUGGUAUUCCUGUGGUAUAUUAUGGAGCUGAGCAAGGCUUUGACGGUGGUGGUGAUCCCCAAAACCGUGGGGCUCUUUGGCUUAAUCCAGGUGGAUAUGAUAAAACAUCAACUCUAUAUCAACUUAUCAAGACCCUCAAUACCGCCCGUAACGCCGUCAACAAUUACAUGAUUUCCACCAAUUACUCUAACUGGAGUCCUUACUGGGCAUACAAAUCAUCAGUCAUUUAUAAAGCGGAUGAUAUAUUGGUAUUUAGGAAAGGACUUGUCCAUUCGGUCGUCACGGCGAUCACCAAUGUUGGGACCGAGGGAGCAACGGUCGGUCCUUACUAUAUAGGAGAUAAUGGUGCGGAUACCAAAUUCAGUGAAGGAAAUCUCCUCAUAGAAAUAUUGAGUUGCAAUAGCACUGUUGCGGGGAUCGGGGGAACUUUCACCAUCACCUUAACAAAGGGAGAGCCACAGGUUUGGGUGUCAGGUUCCCUUCUAGUAAACACAACCCUAUGUCCGACACCCAUGAAAAACGUCAACAAAACCCAAACCGCCACCAAGACCACCACAUCGUCUCUCUCAUCUCAUAUAUCACCAUCAUCAAUGCUUUCCUUCCUUACCGUCUGUGUACUAUCAUCUCUAUUCUUGUUCUUUUGA